CGGUAACGCAACAGUGAGCUUAUGAGCCCAUCCAUGGCUGCGCUUGUCUCGCGCCUUCCUGUCUGGCUAUGCGUCUCUGGGACUUUUACGACGUUAGCGCCGCUACAAUCAGCAGCAUCGGAUUUGCCGGAGUUCGAUGUGGCAGAUGCCACCUGCGAGGCAAAGGCAGAGUCCUUGAUGAUGCUACAGAGCAGAGCUCAUAACACAGUGGCCACUAUGAGACGCAAGUCAUUGUGGUUGACCGACCUGCACGCGGAUCUCUACUACCUGUCGGAUGUGCGCCAAUGCGUCAAGAAGAACGUCAGCACUUUGAGGCACUUUCCUUUUGGCGUGAUGGGCUGUGACCCUCCAGCCACUUUGCUGUCCGAAACGCUCAGAAGGGCCACUUCCAUGCAGCUGGACCGUGGUGCAGACUUUGCCCUCUACACUGGGGACUUCUCCCGUCACAACAUGGGGAAGUUGGAAAACCCCUACAAGAACGUCUCCGCAACUAUUGGCAAGGUGUCUUUGAUUUUUGACAAGCACCUACCGAACAUAUCGAAAGUCGUCGGAACGUUGGGCAAUGAUGAUACUCCCAUUGGCUACUUUCAGAACAUCACCACAGACAGGACAACCAACAGAUGGUUUGUAACCUGUGGUGAAGAGCUUCAGAAUGCCCACUGUAUGACCAAAGAGUCCCGAAAGGAGUACGAUUAUGGCAGUUACUUCGAGGUUCGCAUGGGCAACUACUCCAUUCUCAACAUUGCCACUGUUAUGUAUUCGGUGUUUCACAAGCCUCCUAAUACCUCAGGGAGCGAUCCAUUCCACCAGUUUGCCUGGUUGCGACGGAAGCUGACUGAAGCCGCUAGGGACAAGAGAAAGGUGUGGAUAGCAGGCCAUAUUCCACCGGGGAUCGAAACUUUUGGAUACACUGAGCUCUGGGAACCCAGCUAUCUGAGGGAGUAUUUGAACAUCGUGCAGGAUGAAGUCAUGGGAAGUGUCAUCGCUGCUCAAUUCUUUGGGCAUGUGCACAAGGACGAGAUUCGGAUUUUGCCGAAUCCGCCUCCCGGGGCAGGGCCCAUUUUCUUGUCCUUGUCGUUGAGCCCCGUGUACUACAACAACCCAGCGUUCAAAACAGUCACGUGGCAUGAAAAUGGAGAAGUCGUUGAUUUCGACACGUUCUAUGCUCAGAUGUCCAAUGGCUCAUCAAUGCAUUAUGAAUUGGGCUAUAGUUUCAGGUCUUUGUACGCCUUGAAGAAGCUAAGCAUGGAGAGCUUCGUUCCCUUCGCCCAGGAACUCUUGCAAGGGACCGAGCAGUGGAUCAGCUACGCCAAGUGGUACACCGCCACGUAUCCCAACGACCUCAACAGCUUCGCCACCAACGCCAGCGACCCACCCUCCGUGCAGAAGCAGAAAGCCCUGCGGCGACAGCAGUACGUCUGCGGUGUCACAAUUCAAAGCAUGGAGAGCUUCGAGGAUUGUGUGGAGUCCGCCCGCCUCAGCAUCUACAAAUCGGUGCAGGACGAUUUGGGCGCCAAAGCCCCUCUGGCUCCGCUGGUCAAGGCCGUGCCAAAGACCCUUGAUGUCAAGAAGCACAUGAUCAUUGCUCGCUUGUUGAGGUGGGCUGAACUUUCCGAACGUCCAGAGGCAUUUGACAUCCUUCGUUUGGCCGAGCAGCAUCAUUGGAUGGAACUGCUGCAAAGGUAUGGCCCAGCCGUAGAGCGAAGCUGGGAGGAAGGCAUUUCGCUUGACGACUUCUUCCAGCGCUAGAGGUGCAAAAUGCUGCACAGUUUUUGGAGGGCCACCAGUUACUGGAUGGUUCGGAGAUGAUUGGAUUUUUUUUGUACAUUGGAACCAAUUUCCUUCAAAAACUCCCCCCAACACGGGGGGGGUAGCGGUCUCACGCGCAGAAACUUGUGCGGGUUGUAAAAACAAAAAACAUCAUGACUUUGAUUUAGUUUAGCUUUGUUUAGUUGUUUAGAUUCGCGUUUCACUUUUUUUGGCCCGACUUUUUGGCAGCUUGCAAAGUCAAGAGCCAUUGAUGGCCAUAGCACGAACCUUUCUUCGAGCCAAUAAUGUGCAGCAAACGAUCCUGGUUGCACCAAAUUUGGUAGCAGCAUUUGGUGUCGCACAUGGCCAAAGAUGGAUGAAUUCGGUUAGUCACAA